UCCUGAAAAACAUUUUAACCUCAUGGCAUACAGUAGCUCACCUUCACUUCAACAAGACAGAAUAGCUGUUUGAUCAGCUCAAACCUGUCAUGGGUUUUCUUCUUGCAUCUCUCUGUGUGGUGCACCUGCUGCUCUUAGCUGAUAGGACAAAUGCUGAAACAGCAGCUUCUGGGAAUACGACUCAGUCAGAACCUUUCUACCCAUUUGGCCUUAACAAUGGAGACACAAAGUAUGACUACAAUAAUUAUUAUUUUUACUAUGGACAGUAUUUUCAGAUUCAGACAGAAACUGGUUUUCCAUUUUUUGGAGGCAAAUACCAUCUGAUAAAUAUUUACAUGCAAGGGUUCUUGACCCUUGGGAAAACUUCAAGCUACUCAAGUCCCAUCCGCUUUCCAAGCUAUUCUAGAAAUGACUUCAUUGCUCCAUUUUGGACCACCUGGAACAACGGUGUAAAUGCUGCACUUUCCUACCGUCAAGUGACCAGUGGCAGUGUUCUACAAGAGGUCACAAGUGACAUAAACCAGUACAACCCUCAGCUGAAUUUCAGCGCCGCCUGGGCCUUCAUCGCUACAUGGAACUGGACGAAAUACUACUCAACAGCCCCCCUUGAAGCAACCUUCCAGGUGGUUCUGGUCACAGAUGGGACUUUAUCAUUUGUUAUGAUGAACUACGGGAACCUGUCUGCUACUUCAGAUGUCCAGGUUGGAUAUGACACAUUUAAUUCAACCAAUUAUUUCAGCAUGCCUGGAUCAUUCCAAAGCAACAUUACCAACUUGUCUUUCACCAGUAAUGUCAAUGUAAGAGGUCGUUGGGUGUUUCGCACUGAUUACUGUUACAAUAACUGUCUGUUCCAAGAUGACUUUUACCCUUAUGGCCCAAACAAUGGAGAUUCACUGAUCCCACCUGUGAAUGAUGGAAAUUCCUCCGUGAUCCUAUUAACUGAGACUCUCCAGUUUUUUGGAACAGAAUACAACAAACUUUAUGUGAAUAACAAUGGUUUCCUGACCUUUGACCAACCAGUGAGCAGCUCUUACCCUUCGAUGUUUCGGUCUGGCUAUGAUAUCAUUGCUCCUUUAUGGAGUAACUGGAACAACGCAAAAAGUGGCGUCAUCUCUUACCGUCAAGUGACCAGUGGCGGUGAUCUCCAACAGGCCACCAGUGACAUAAACCAGUACUUUCCUCAGCUGAACUUCACUGCUACCUGGGUCUUCAUUGCCACAUGGGAUAAUGUGGCCUUCUACAACAUGGACACAGAAACCUCUUUCCAGGUAGUUCUGAUUUCAGAUGGGAAUCAGUCCUUUGUACUAAUGAAUUACGGGAGAAUCUCUUCUGUGAUUUCAAGUGUGCAGGCUGGCUUUGUCACUGCAGACUCAAUGAUUUACUUCAAUAUGCUGGAGUAUAGCUCGUACACAGAUCUAACUUUCAGCAGCAAUGUCAAUGAGAAAGGGCGCUGGGUCUUUCAAACCAACAUCAAUUAUGUAAAAGGGCCAUUUCUUCCAUUUGGCACCAACAAUGGAGAUACACAGCAAUACCUUCCAAGUUAUUACUACAGUUACUAUUAUUAUUAUUAUUAUUACACCUAUUAUUCUGUGACUGGGACACUCGGUUUUCCCUUCUUUGGUGGCAAAUAUUAUCAGUUAAAUAUUUACCCCUACGGCUUGUUGACCUUUCCUGGGAGUGUUUACACAACACCCGUCCAGUUCCCAAUCUAUUCUAGAAAUAAUUACAUUGCUCCAUUUUGGAUGCUCACUGAUUACACACAAAGCGGUGUGCUCUCCUACCGCCAAGUGACCAGUGGCAGUGUCCUUGAACAGGCCACUAGUGAUAUACUCCAGUACUUUCCUGAGCUGAACUUCACCGCUACCUGGGUCUUCAUUGCCACGUGGAACUGGAUGGAAUAUUACCCAACAAUGGGCAAUAACACAGUGUUUCAGGUGGUUUUGGUCUCUGAUGGACAUUUGUCUUUCAUCAUGAUGAAUUAUGGAAACCUUGCACCGAAAACUCAAAGUGUCCAGGUUGGAUAUGACACAUUUAAUUCAACCAAUUAUUUCAGCAUGCCUGAAUCUUUUCAAAGCAACAUCACCACCUUGUCUUUCACCAGUAAUGUGAAUGUAACAGGUCGUUGGGUGUUUCGCACCGAUUCCUGUCCUAAUAACUGUCUGCUCCAAGAAAACUUUUACCCAUUUGGUCCAAACAAUGGAGACACAGUGAACCCAGCUGUGGAUGAUGGAAGUUCCUCUGUAAUUCUAUUAAAUGAGACUUUUCAGUUCUUUGGAUCAGACCACAACCAACUUUAUGUGAAUAACAAUGGUUUCCUGACCUUUGACCAAGCAGUGAGCAGCUCUUACCCUUCGAUGUUUCGGUCUGGCUAUGAUAUCAUUGCUCCUUUAUGGAGUAACUGGAACAACGCAAAAAGUGGCGUCAUCUCUUACCGUCAAGUGACCAGUGGCGGUGAUCUCCAACAGGCCACCAGUGACAUAAACCAGUACUUUCCUCAGCUGAACUUCACUGCUACCUGGGUCUUCAUUGCCACAUGGGAUAAUGUGGCCUUCUACAACAUGGACACAGACACCUCUUUCCAGGUAGUUCUGAUUUCAGAUGGGAAUCAGUCCUUUGUACUAAUGAAUUUCGGGCGAAUCUCUUCUGUGAUUUCAUAUUUGGAGGCUGGCUUUGUCACUGCAGACUCAAUGAUUUACUUCAAUAUGCUGGAGUAUAGCUCGUACACAGAUCUAACUUUCAGCAGCAAUGUCAAUGAGAAAGGGCGCUGGGUCUUUCAAACCAACAUCAAUUAUGUAAAAGGGCCAUUUCUUCCAUUUGGCACCAACAAUGGAGAUACACAGCAAUACCUUCCAAGUUAUUACUACAGAUACUAUUAUUAUUAUUACACCUAUUAUUCUGUGACUGGGACACUCGGUUUUCCCUUCUUUGGUGGCAAAUAUUAUCAGUUAUAUAUUUACCCCAAAGGCUACUUGACCUUUCCUUGGAGUGUUUACGCAACACCUGUCCAGUUCCCAAUCUAUUCUAGAAAUAAUUACAUUGCUCCUUUUUGGAUGCUCGCUGAUUACAUACAAAGUGCCGUGGUCUCCUACCGCCAAGUGACCAGUGGCAGUGUCCUUGAACAGGCCACUAGUGAUAUACUCAAGUACUUUCCUGAGCUGAACUUCACCGCUACCUGGGUCUUCAUUGUCACAUGGAACUGGAUGGAAUAUUACCCAACAAUGGGCAAUAACACAAUCUUUCAGGUGGUUUUGGUUUCUGAUGGACAUUUGUCUUUCAUCAUGAUGAAUUAUGGAAACCUUGCACCGAAAACUCAAAGUGUCCAGGUUGGAUAUGACACAUUUAAUUCAACCAAUUAUUUCAGCAUGCCUGAAUCUUUUCAAAGCAACAUCACCACCUUGUCUUUCACCAGUAAUGUGAAUGUAACAGGUCGUUGGGUGUUUCGCACCGAUUCCUGUCCUAAUAACUGUCUGCUCCAAGAAAACUUUUACCCAUUUGGUCCAAACAAUGGAGACACAGUGAACCCAGCUGUGGAUGAUGGAAGUUCCUCUGUAAUUCUAUUAAAUGAAACUUUUCAGUUCUUUGGAUCAGACCACAACCAACUUUAUGUGAAUAACAAUGGUUUCCUGACCUUUGACCAACCAGUGAGCAGCUCUUACCCUUCGAUGUUUCGGUCCGGUUAUGAUAUCAUUGCUCCUUUCUGGAGUAACUGGAACACCACAAAAAGUGGCGUCAUCUCUUACCGUCAAGCGACCAGUGGCAGUGAUCUCCAACAGGCCACCAGUGACAUAAACCAGUACUUUCCUCAGCUGAACUUCACUGCUACCUGGGUCUUCAUUGCCACAUGGGAUAAUGUGGCCUUCUACAACAUGGACACAGAAACCUCUUUCCAGGUGGUUCUGAUUUCAAAUGGAAAUCUCUCUUUUGUACUACUGAACUAUGGGCGAAUAUCUUAUGUGAUCUCAAAUUUGCAGGCUGGAUUUGUCACUGCUGACUCAAUGAUUUACUUCAAUAUCCUGGAGCAAACUUUAUCCACAGACCUAACUUUCAGCAGCAACAUCAACGACAGAGGUCGAUGGGUCUUUCAAUUAAACUUGAAUUAUACCAAAGGCCCUUUCUACCCAUUUGGCACAAACAAUGGAGAUACACAGCAAUUCUGGAAUUAUUAUUAUUAUUAUUAUUAUUAUUACUAUUAUUAUUCUUCUUAUUAUAGUCAGAGAUGGACAAACAAUUUUCCCUUCUUUGGUGGCAAAUACUACCAGACAAGUGUUUAUGGUAAUGGGCUCUUGAGCUUAGGAUCAAAUUUACUCUACUAUUAUUCUGCCACCAUCCCAACCUAUUCAGUAAAUAAUAUCAUUGCUCCUUUCUGGAUGAACAUUAACAGUCUCCAAAGAGGUGUGAGCAGCUUCCGUGAAGUGACCAGUGGCAGCAUCCUCCAACAGGCCACUAGUGACAUAAACCAUUACUUUCCUGAACUGAACUUCAAUGCUACCUGGGUCUUCAUUGCCACAUGGAACUGGCUGGAAUAUCAACCAGCAAUGGACAAUGACACCAUGUUCCAGGUUGUUCUGGUCUCAGAUGGGAAUAUGUCAUUUGUCAUGAUGAACUAUGGAAACCUUGCCCCAACUAGUGAAAAUGUCCAGGUUGGAUAUGACUCAUUAAAUUCAUCAAAUUACUUCAGUAUGGCCGAAUCAUUCCAAGGCAACAUCACCGACUUGUCUUUCACGAGUAAUGUCAACACAUCGGGUCGCUGGGUGUUUCGCACCGAUUACUGUCUGAAUGAUUGUCUCUUCCAAGAAAAUUUCUACCCAUAUGGGCCCAGCAAUGGAGACACAGUGAACCCCAGUGUGGAUGACGGAAGUUCCUCUGCGAUCCCCUUAAUUAACACGUUUCCAUACUUUGGAAACGCAUACAACCAACUUUAUGUAAAGAACAUGGGAUUACUGACAUUUGACCAAUCAGUGAGCAGUUCUUACCCUUACCUGUACACUAGCUAUGUUGCCAUUGCUCCUUUAUGGAGUUACUGGAACAACGCAAAAAGUGGCGUCAUCUCUUACCGUCAAGUGACCAGUGGCAGUGAUCUCCAACGGGCCACCAGUGACAUAAACCAGUACUUUCCUCAGCUGAACUUCGUUGCUACCUGGGUCUUCAUUGCCACAUGGGACAGUGUGGCCUUCAACAACAUGGACACGGAAACCUCCUUCCAGGUGGUUCUGAUCUCAAACGGAGGUCAGUCCUUUGUACUGUUCAACUACGGUCGGAUCUCAGAUCUACUUUCAAAUACACAGGUUCAGGCUGGCUAUAGCUCAGGAGAUUCAGCACAUUACUACAAUAUAUUGUGGUCUACUUCAGUCACAGGGUUGACUUUGAGCAAAAAUGUCAAUGUCAGUGGUCGCUGGGUGUUUCAAACAUCUUUCAGCUGUGUCAAAGCAUAUAAGGUGUUCUUGAGGGUUCAUGUGACUAGCAAAGGUCUACAGCUGAAUCCCAAAGAUCCUCAGCUGAUACAGACGAUGAUUGAGAAUCUGCUGAGCGGUGUUUCACUGGGAGACACUUGUUCUUCAUAACAACUCAACAUGCAAAGGUCAGCAUGGAUUCACAAAUCUGACAGUGGAAAGUGCAACAAACAGAUCAACAGCUAUGGAAGCUGGAGUCAUUACAGCAGGAUCAGAGUCCCUUUGAUACAACCAAACAAGAAACAAUAGAAAGCAAUAGUGUGGGAAAAGAUAAGAGGGCAAAGCAAUACAGAAGUGCAAAAUAAAUACAACAGUGCAACACAACACAAUAAAAUAUUGCAAAUCACAGUACCGGAACAUAUAAUAUAGGGGAUGAAUAUUUACAUAUUCAACUAUAAAGUAAUAUUGUUGAGUCUGCAAAUAUAGUUCUAAUUGCUGACUGUAACCUGUAACUCUUCUGUAAAAAGCAUUAUUAACAUUAUU